GAAGGAUGUUUUGUUCUCUCUAUAAAAUCUCUAUUCAAGACAUAAGAAAAGGAAGGAGCAGACAUCCUGGUGAGACUUGUGAUCACCAUGUGGCUUGAUCCUGAUCCCUGGCUCUGGUCUGGCCAUGGAAUAUGAAAAGUCAGUCCACAGUGAUCUACUUCAGCUUAACAAUUGUGCCUGAUUGAAAACAGCACAAGGAACAUUACCGGGGAGAGAUCAAGUACACACACGUGAAUGACCCAUACAUUUGCUCUGUGACUCUACAAAUUCCCUGAGAAGGAUGAAUACCAACAGUGAGACAGAAACCUGUCAGCAGUGUGGAGAAAGGAAAUGUGGUGACCUCAUUUGUCAUAAACUGUAUUGCUAUGACCUCUACAUCCCAUCUGCUCCUGCACCACGGAACAAGGAGCAGAGAGCUGUUGACAGUUUUAUUAAUGAGAAGAUUGUUCAAGUCCUGGAGAAUGAUGAUUAUUGUUGUUACCAUGGUUACAGGAAUUUUGUUGGUGGAGAUACCAUCAUACAUGCCAUGCAGAAACCCAUGAAAAUUAUUCCUGUUACACUUAUACCAGUCUACAAAGACCAAUACUUCCGAACACUUUUAGACAUGCUUCUAACAGCAGAUAAACUGAGGAGAAUUGUACUGCUUUUGUUUGAUGCUACUUAUACUUUGCCCAGUUUGUGGCAAUGUUGCUUUUCAGUAGAAGCCAAUGACCCACAACUUUUGCGCAAAAUAAAGAAAACCAUAGAUCGUCAUAGAAAACUGAUUCCAUUGAGCAGAAGGAAACAGAUAAUAUCAGGGGAAAUAGACACAGAGUCUACUUUGCCUUUCUCAUCUUCUACAAGCAGAGAUUCCCCUUUCAGGAGGUCAGAUAGAUCAAGGGAGUCAUUCAGACCGUACUGGAGACAUCACUGCACCUCUUCCUUCAGUAGCUCAUUCUUGCAGCACAGAGUGCUUCCUCACAGAGAAACUGAAGACAUCCUGAAAGAAAUGUCCUACAUAUCUUUUCAAGAGCUGGACAAUUAUUUCAUGAGAUACUGCGAUGGUAGCAAUGAGUCAAUCAGACAACAGAUCUGUCAGAUGUUGGCCAAAAACAUCAAGAGGGACUUUCUGACUUUCUCUAGGUUGGCAAACCUGGAGAACCUAGAGCUGAGAGUAAGAAAUCUCAUCCAAUACAACAGCUCUGCUUCCAACCAGGAGCUCUGCAUUCAGCAGGAGAAACUACACUGUUGGAUUCUGGCAGCAAUGUUUGUUCAUGUCUCCACAACAAACAAUGGAAAGUUGAAGGCUCUGUUGAGGGGAAUGGUCUUUGCAAAAUGCACUGUCCCUUCAGAGGAGAGAAAUUAUGAAUAUCUGUGCUUUAGUGCCUACCAGAAAAUCAGAAUGGCCAUCUCCACUGCUGUAAAAAAACAAAUACCCUGGCCAAAUUUCAUAGAAACAUACUUGAAGCACUUGGAAAGUUUCCUUAAGAUCCUGGAGAAAACUGUGACUUGUGCAAACCAGAGGGUUGUCCAGUUCCAAUUCAUCCAGAAGCAGCUUCAGAGAGUACCCUGGAUGAUAAGACAUAUCUUUAUUCUUGUUCUUACUGAAAAGGUGUUUGAAGACAACCUGCUUGCAGUCAGCCAGCCCUUCUUCUUCCAUGUGUGCACAAAAUUUGGGAAAAAGCACUGGGAGGUUUUACUGGAAAUCACUGAGCGCAUCACUGAACAUAUCCAAGCCAGCCACACACAUGGGGCAGUAAAAGAGUGCCUGUAUCUUCUCCAAAGCCUGUGGGAAUGGUGCACAAGAACUGCUUCUAAAAAGACGUCAAUUUUGGCAAUGAUCAUCCUCAAUCAUUUCUUCCAAAAGUUGCUUUACCACCCACUGAGUGAGGUGAGGCACUGCAUUGCACCGUUACUCCUUAGCAAGGAUGGUACAUAUACACAUGUUACUGAGCUCGGAAACAAAGUGAUCCCAGCUGAUCCCAACCACGUGGAGGCAGCUCUCCAAGCCUAUCUGAAGGUCACCUUCCCUGAUCUUACCCUCAAGGGACAGAUGAAGACAAAUGCCAGUAGCAUUGUUGUGCAAGGUAUCACACCUGUAGGCAAUGCAAAGAUCCACAUAGCCAAACAACAGACCCUGAAUGACAUCUUGCAGACAAAUACCACUGACAGUGACUGUGAAAGGUUUCAAGAGGUGAUCAAAAUUGUGACUCUGUGUCAAGACAGGGAGUCCAUUGCCAAACUGCAAAUGUCCAGUGCCUGUGGAGUGCCUCCGCUGUACAUGAUGGAAGAUGGGAACCCCCUCUUGGUUUUCCUGCAGGAGAAAAGAAAUAAACUCAUCCAAUCCACUAUAAUAGACAUUUUAAAAGAUAUCUCCAGAGCUGUUGGAUCAUGUCACCAGAAAAAGGUUUUACUUUGCAACAUCACUCCAGCCAGCUUCAUUGUGGUUGCAGGUGGGCGACAAGGGACCAGAGCUCUUCGCGUGCAGGUCAAGCUGUCUGAUUUCUUCCAGGCCAGGAUGGCUCCCCCAGAGGAUGAGAGAUACUAUUCUGAUACUGAUUGUUCCUACGAAACCAUCAAAUCUGGGCAGCUCAGAGGAGACAGUGAGGAGCCACUGUCUAUAUACUUCAGUGCUCCUGAGUCCCUGCAGUAUCACAUCUUCUCUGCCUUCUCUGAUGCAUGGGCUGUUGCUGCGACAUUUUACUCCAUUCUCCUGUACGGUGGGCAAACAUACUUUGAGCUCAGGUACUUGCCUGUGUCCAGAUUCAUAAGAGAGAUCUGUAGUGGGCACAGGGCACAAAGACCAGACUCAAUUCCUCUGAAACUGUGGAACAUAAUGGCCCCCAACUUGGAGUAUGAUGAGACAAAGCGUACAUCUAUGGAGGCACUGGUAGAGCACCUGGAAAACUACAGGACGACUCUAGGGUCAGAUCUGGACAGGAUACAUGAGAUAACAAGCCAGUUCUCCCCCAUCUGUGAGGAAGAUAUUAUAAGGGGCUACCUUGACAGCAAAGGCAACUUUGAGAAGAGUGAUCCACUCAAUUUUUUUCCGGAGAAGUGUGAAGACACUGUUGAGCGAAAGGACAACUGCUUGUGUGAGUUGGUGUCCUUCAAAAUGAACCAUAUGACCAAGACAGCCCUUCACACACUACAACAUGAGAACAUACUGUUGGUAAAAGAAAUCAUGCACUACUUCCCCAUGACCACCACACUGAUCUCCAAGCCUCUUGAUGUUAACACAAAGUCCCUAAUAGAAGUUGCUGCAAAUCCUAGCAUGGAUGACAUCAAACUUCUCACUUGCCUUGAGCAGGUUGCUUCUGCCAUGACUUAUCUUCAUUCCAGGAGGAUCAUACACUGUGACCUACAGUGCAGUUACAUUUACAUUAUCUCUGAUCACAGUUGCUCAGAGGUGACUGCAAAACUUGGUCGCUGGGGAAGAGCAGUCUGUCUGCCACAUCCAGGAACGGAUGACAACCUCUUUGAGCCUUACGUGCACAAAGUUAUGCCAGCUGAUGCAGCCAAGUGGGCUGCCCCAGAAGUGAGAAAUGAUGGGCUCUAUUCCCGAGCAUCAGAUGUCUUUAGCUUUGGGAUUAUGAUAUGGGAAGCUUUAACGGCACAGUUGACCAACCUGCACAUGUACAAGCCACUGAAACCUUUCAACUUACUGAGCAGCAAGGAGAUUGAUUUGGUACAUGAAAGCCUGUUGGAAUCACAACCCCACCAAGAGACCUGCAUUUUCUGCCAUAUUGGAGAUGAUCAAACAGGAAAAACAAGCACUCAGACCACCAUGGAGCUCCUGGGAAUGACCACUAUUUUCUUGCUGGUCUGCAUUGCAUGUCUUCUUCUCUUUGCCUCAUGGAGAACCACAUCGCAAAAAGAGAAGCAGCCUCCUGGUCCCAUCACACUCCCCAUUGCUGGAAACAUACUCCAGCUGAACCCAUGGAACUUGCCUAAAAGCUUGAAGAAGCUUAGCGAGAAAUACGGUCCUGUCUUCACAAUAUAUUUAGGCCUACAAAAGGUUGUGGUGCUGUAUGGCUAUGAUGUUGUGAAAGAAGCACUGAUUGAUCAGGCAGACGACUUCAGUGGAAGAGGCAAUCUACCACUGCUUAAAAAACUCUUCCAAGGCACAGGCAUUGUGACCAGCAGUGGGGAGACCUGGAAGCAGCUCCGACGAUUUACACUCACCACACUGCGGGAUUUUGGGAUGGGGAAGAAGAGCAUUGAGGAGCGAAUCCAGGAGGAAGCUCAUUUUCUGGUGGAGAGGAUAAAGAACACACAUGAGAGACCCUUGAACCCUAACCACUUCCUCGUCCAUGCUGUUUCCAAUAUCAUCUGCUCCAUCAUCUUUGGGGAUCGGUUUGACUAUGAGGACAAAAAAUUUCUAACUUUAAUUGAGUUGCUAGAUGAAAACAAUCAUCUCCAGAACUCUAUACAAACACAGCUAUACAAUUUCUUCCCAACUGUCAUGGAAUAUUUACCUGGGCCUCAUCAGAAAUUGAUAAAAAAUACUGAAAUGGUUAAUCAAUUUACUUUAGAAAUCAUAGCGGAACACCAGGGAACCCUGGAUCCCUCUUGUCCUCGAGAUUUCAUUGAUGCUUUUCUUAACAAAAUGGAACAGGAGAAAGGGAAUGGUCACUCAGAAUUCACCGUUGAUACCUUGAGCAGAACCACGCUUGACUUGUUCCUUGCAGGAACAGGGACCACCAGCACCACGCUGAGACAUGCACUUCUGAUUCUUCUUAAAUACCCAGAGAUAGUAGAGAAAAUUCAAAAGGAGAUUGACUGUGUGAUUGGCCGAAACCGAAGCCCCUGCAUGGCAGAUCGGAGCCAGAUGCCCUACACAGAUGCUGUGGUCCAUGAAAUCCAGAGAUUCAUUGAUUUCCUUCCACUUAAUCUACCACAUGCUGUGAUUAAAGACACCAAGUUCAGAGACUAUUUUAUCCCCAAGGACACUGUCAUACUUCCUAUGCUGUCUCCCAUCCUACAUGAUAGCAAGGAAUUUCCAAAUCCAGAAAAAUUUGACCCAGGACAUUUCCUGAAUGCAAAUGAUACCUUUAAAAAGAGUGACUACUUCAUGCCUUUCUCCACAGGAAAACGCAUCUGCGCAGGAGAAGGUCUGGCCCGGAUGGAGAUAUUCAUAUUUUUAACAGCCAUCCUGCAGAACUUUACUUUGAAACCUGUUGUGGACCACAAGGACAUUGACAUUUCCCCACUAGUCAGCACUCUGGCAAAUAUACCCCGACCUUAUGAGGUCUCUUUUAUUCCACGUUAGCCAAACGAAGACAGUUGCCAGCUCUCAAAUUCAUGAAAGCUCUGGUUGAAUGACAGUCAUUUCCCAGUCUGUUGAGACUGAAACACUCAGAUCAUUUGCUAGAUACUUUAUGGAGAGAAAUGUGCUUAGAAAAUAAAAUGUUAUGGUGCUUUUAUAAUCAUCACAGCCAGCUCUAAACAGAGACAGAGUAGGCAACUGCACAGGGAAGGAGACAGCUCCCUGUGCAAAAUAAUACAGACACAUUACCUCACCUAGCUCAGGUUCCUGACAUCCUGACAUGUCAGGUUGUGUGAACGAGUGCUCUCAGAGCCCUGCUUCUGCUGCCCCUAUCACUUAAUCCUCUCAACACAGCAGGAACAGACGCUUGUACUCCAGGGUUUCCAUAGACUUUGCUUGGGAUACCUCUCUCCCCUGUAUUUUCUGUUUGUUUGUGACCUGUUUAUAAAGGCAAGCAUAAAACAGUGGGUCUUUUCUGUUGGAAGAUGAUAUCUACUGUAUUCUUGCCCCAAUACAUAUUGUCUCCUGUGAUGGGGAUGGAGUUUAUCAAUGACUGGGGAGAUGGGUCCUCUCCUGUGUGAUUAUAUUGAAGGUUCGUGAAAUUACAAUUUAUAUUGCAAAAUAAAGUAGUAGUACACCGAAUUGUUUUUCUGAGAUCCCAGAACACCUCUUAGUGAAAAACUUGCCUUCACAAAGCUUAUACUCCCAAAUGUCUCCAAGUCUUGUACAUAUCUCCUUCAUUUCACACAUUUAUAUGAUAUGUAUUAUGGCUUGAAGACAGAGCUGGUCAAUGACCUAUAGAACUUCCAUUCUCAGUAACAAUGUGGGAGAAGGCUGGACUGACCCUAUGAGAUCUGCCAGAACCCCAACUGUGGUUAUAGAGCUGUCCAUUGUGGCAAGAGAGGACAAAUUAAAUAAUACUGGGAUCCUCCCAGUGCCAUUUACUAGAUGAACAGCAGCUAGCAUCUUCCCAUUAUUUUAUGAAGCACGUAAAGACCACUACAGCAAUGUUACAAUCAGGUAAAAAAAGAUUAAAAGAGUUUACAUGAGCAUACAUGUAGGACUGGCAUUUCCUAACUUGAUCUCAUUCCCUGCAAUGUCUAAUUGAUGAUGAUUACAGUGAAGACAGAGAGCUGAAUCUGUGCUAUGUGGAAAAAGACAGCAACUGUAAUAUUACCACAACAGCAUUAACGGUUUAUGUGAAACAGACACAACUUCUUUCCUUUCAAAGUAUUAAUAAGCUAGAUAUACCGUGAGCUGGUAGCAUGUCGUUGCAAAGGCAAAAGCCACAAAUGUCACAGAAUCACUGAAAUACGAACAAAACAUAUAUGAAAAUACCAUCUAGUUUAUCACCACAUACCGAAGAAGAUCAACUAUUACAAGUCUUCUCACCAGAUAAAAAGAAGAAAACACUUUGAAAUUCCUUUCUGUGACUAAAACAGGCAAAGCAAAUGGCCUGGGGGCAGCUUCCCCAUUCCAGACAUCUUCCUCCAUGCUGAAAAGGCAGGGAGGCAGUCAGUGCAAAUCAGCAAGAAAACAGCUUUAGCUCCCAGAGAUUCCACCAAGAUACGCAGUGGGCUUUGAGAUUAGAGGAGGGCUAAAACUGUGUCGUGGAAACCUUUGUGUCAUCUAUGGUACAAAAAGCAAUGCAAAAAUUGCACUGCUUGCAUAUUGGUACAAAAAUCAAUUGGUACAAAACCCUGUAAC